CGAGUGACCGCGUUAGUCCGACUUACUUGUUCCAUGAAUGAAGGGUCCCAUGGGGCUAACCGAUUGACGGCGUCGAACGGACGUGAUUAAGGGCAUUGCAGACGCUGGUAGGCGAGCCCUGCCUGCCUCGCGGUAAAGUGCACGCUGCAUUGCGCUGCGAUCGUUCUUUCCGGAUUCAGCGACGUUGACUCUUCGUGAGUCCAACCAUCACGGUCAUCCAUUGUCUCGAAUGCAUGUGACGAGCAUGCCCUUCGCUCUCCGGAGCGUAUAUAAUGCUGCGCAAGGACGCCGUAAAUCUCCAAGACAUCAACAUCUUUGAGUCAAACGCUUCAACACUGACCACCAGAGUUCGCUACUAGGCACUGAACGCAAUGCCCGAACUCAAAGAACAGCUGAAGACACUGGAGUCGUCGAUUGUCAACAGACCGCCGGUGUGCUUCGGUACGUUGCCCGUAUCGGCCAGUGACUGUGAUCUGUUCUAUGGCAAGAGCGAUCCAAUCCGGCGUUUGAAUUUCGUCACCGCGUCGCAAGAUGAACUGAAAUCCCUCUCGGAGACGUGUGAGAGGGCUACAUUCGGCAUGAACCAGGAAGACGUGCUCGACGAGUCAUACAGGAAGGCCGGCAAGCUCGAUCCGUCGGAUUUCUCCAUGCGCUUCAGUGCCAUAGAGGCCGGCCUCCUGGACGUCGUCAGCACUGAGCUUUUCGAAGGCAAAACUACCGCUCGGCCAAUACGUGCCGAACUCUACAAGCUGAACGUAUACGAGACGGGCUCGUUCUUUAAGCCCCACAUCGACACUCCCCGUGCAAAGAGUAUGUUUGGCUCGCUCGUAAUCACCUUCCCGACGAAACACGAGGGUGGCACGCUCACAUUCCGGCACAAAGGCGGACAGUGGGCUGUCGACUCUGGCAAACUCGUCUCUGAACAGGCCGGACCUUGCGUCGUCUAUGCAGCGUUCUACAGCGACGUCGAGCAUGAAGUCCUUCCGGUGAAGACGGGUUGUCGCGUGACGGUGACGUACAACUUGUACUUCGUCGCAGCAGAUACGCCGUUCUCCAAGCUUGUCGGCAACCCUAUUCCCGCUCAUCGAUCUGCGCUGGAGUCCGCUUUCAGGGACCUCCUGUCCGACCCGACUGUUAUGCCUAACGGAGGGCGUCUCGGCUUCGGUUUGCAUCACCAAUACCCGCUCGAUACGUCCCCAUCUCCGUAUGCAAGAGCGGCACGCCGCAAGAAACACCAACAGAAACGAGCGCAGCUGGAGGCCCUCAUGGGGUUCCUCAAAGGAGGGGACGCUACGCUCAAGCAGUUGUGCGACGACCUCAAGCUGCGGACUUUCCUCGGCGUAGUCUACCGAACCACAGAGAAGUGGUCCAAGCAGCAGGACGACGUCCUCUGCAAGAUGGUCGCUGAUAUCGACGCUGAGAUAGAAGACUCGCUGGUCAAUUACCUUCGCAAUUACUACGGAGGAAAGCUACUCACGCGCUCGAGGUGGCGAAAGCGCGACAUGAUAGUGGAAUGGGUCACUGAUUCACCACAGGUGAACUACGUCAAGCAGCAGUAUAUGGCAUUUGGGAACGAGGCAGAGUUGACUCACACGUACUUCCGAAUUUGUUUGUUCGUGAAGAUUGGCGCUACAGGGUCGCGCGAGACUAUCGACGACGAUGACGACGAGAAAGACGAGGACGAGGAACUCGAAGUGAUGCAGGACGAAGGUGACGAGGACGAGGAACUCGAAGUGACAGAGGACGAAGAUGACGAGGACGAUGAGAGUGACAACCUCCAUACUAGUAGCAGUACUAGCCAGUGAUCGAGGACGACCGGGACAGUGGUCACACAUGUACAGUUCGAUAUCGACGGCGCUCUAGUAGCGAGUAGUACUUUGGUUCAUGAUACUGUACCAUAGCAUAACACACCAGACAACUAUGCCAUGGCCCCCUACUACAGUAAGUGGUUCCGAUGGCGCUUCAAAUAUGC